AUGCUCGCAGCGUGCGCUGCGCGUCUGCGAGGCUCCACCGACAUGGUGUGGGUGGAUCUGGGCGGCGGCACGGCGGAGAACGUGGAGAUGAUGUCGGAGUAUAUCGAUCUGUCGUCCUUCAAGAAGAUCUACGUCGUCGACAUCACGCCGUCGCUCUGCAAGGUCGCGCGGGAGAAGGCGAAGCAGCGCGGGUGGACCAAUGUGGAGAUCGUGGAGGGCGACGCGUGCAAGUUCGUCCCCCCGGAAAAGGCCACAUUGGUCACUUUCUCCUACUCCCUCACCAUGAUCCCGCCGUUCAUGGAUGCUGUAGACGCGGCUAUGUCCUACCUCGAGGAGGACGGCAUCGUCGGAGUCACCGACUUCUACGCGUCCGCCAAGUUCGAUCUGCCGAACCGUCAGAUGAACUACCAGGAGCGGUGGUUCUGGCGAGCGUGCUUCGAUCUGGACGGCAUCGAUCUCACUCCCGAGCGCCGAACGUACUUGGAGCAUCACCUCGAGCCGCUGUACGAGUACAACGGACGUGGCGGCAUCCCAUACGUGCCGUACUUCCAAGCCCCUUUCUUCAUCUGGAUUGGUCGACGGAAGGACUGCAAGAUCGUGAACCUGAAGCGGUUCCCGUCGCGUGCGUCGGACGAGUUCGAGUCGAAGAUCCCGCCGGGCUUCCCGCCGACGUUCCUGUACUCGCUGUCGUGGGAGGACCCUCGCGAGGACGACAAGGUGCUGGACAUCAACCCCACCGACACCAUCCUCACGCUCACCUCCGGCGGCUGCAACGCACUCGAUCUCGUGCUGCAGGGCGCGGGCAAGGUGGUGUGUGUGGACAUCAACCCCGCGCAGAGCUACCUGCUGGAGCUGAAGCGCGCCGCUGUGAUCCGGCUGCCGUUCGAGGACGUGUGGCAGAUGUUCGGCGAGGGCGUGCACCCGCAGUUCACGACGCUGCUGGAGAGAGAGCUCGCGCCGUUCCUCAGCCAGGGCGCGCUCAACUUCUGGAGGUGGAAGAAGUACUACUUCAAGAAUGGCAUUUACUUCCACGGCGGCAUGGGACGCCUCAUCCGUGCUGUAAGGGUGCUGGCCAAGCUGACGCGCAUGGAGCAUUGGAUUGACGAUCUCAUCAACGCACCCAACGUGGAAAGCCAGUAUCAGCUCUGGACCAACACCAUUGGCCGGUGGCUGACGAGGGCCAACAUCUUUGCACGCAUCUUUGGCUUCUUCUUCACCAACCGUGUGGUGCUCUGGUUCUGCGCCGGCAUCGCCCGCGGGCAGCUGCGCCUCAUCCGCAAGGAGGACAACGUGUACCGCUAUGUCGUGCGCUGCCUGGACUCCGUGGCUGAGACCACCUCCUUGGGAGACAGCAACUACUUCUACCGCUGCUGCCUGACGGGCAAGUUUGCGCGCAACUGCUGCCCUCGCUUCCUGGAGGAGCCAUGCUUCAACAAGCUCAAGGUUGAGCUGGCAGCGCGGGAGUGCAUGCACAUCUCCACGUCCUUCUUUGUGGAGGAGCUGCGCGCUCGCAUGUACACCAAGGUCAUUCUGAUGGACCAUGUGGAUUGGCUGGGGCAGAAGGACAUUGACACCCUCUGCCAAGCGCUCAAGGAGCAAGUCAAGCCUGGAGGCCGUGUCAUCUGGCGAAGUGCAUCUCGGGACCCUGGUUAUGCCAAGGACAUCGAGAAGGCUGGAUUCAAGGUGGUGCAAGUGCGGUCCAUCACGCAACAACAGUACAUGGAUCGGGUGAACAUGUAUGCGAGCUUCUAUGUGGCCAUCUGUGAAGGCGGGCCCGAGCCUGUCAACAUCUUCAACAGCCCUCCUGACCCACUUGCCCCCACCCCUGCUCUAACAAACGGAGAAGCUUAG